UCUAUUGUAAUUUAUUUUAAGAUCUAAAUAAUACAAUUUUAAAAUGAUGAAGCUUACUACUAUUUUCUUAGCGAUCUGUUUACUUCCAAAUGCGUUUUGCCUUGACUAUGAUGGAUGGUUAAAUAUUAAACUGGAACAUUCAUUAAAUUGUAACUAUGAAAAAUACUGCUCCCGUGGUUCAAUCACCUUAAAAAGUAUAAGAGCAGGGACAGCUGUCAUUGAUCAAAUUAGUUUUAACAAGGAUCAUAUUGAAGAACUGAAGCAGUUAGCCGAGCUUGAUGAAUUUUAUACUCUCCGAACAUUAGUUUCAACUGCUGAGAGUAAAGAUGUUGAAAUUGUCACAUUUAUUAAGGCAAAAUCAUUUUUAGAAAAUGGUUUGUCAGAUAUUAUAAGAGCAUGGGUUCUACCGAAUGGUGAAGUCAUUGCUCUGAGCCUUCAAGCAGGAAAUACUUCACAAACAAAGCCUAUCGAAUAUAAAAGUACAGAUAACAAGCUAAAUUCAUCGUUUUAUAUUCGUCAUGUAGAUCAGGCUCCAUUACCUGACACAGCAUCCUAUAUACAGAAAAUGGAGCGUGAGAGAGAGGCCAGAGAAAAGGGAGAGUUAAAAGAUAAUAGAUCAUUUUUAGCAAAAUAUUGGAUGUACAUUGUACCUAUCGCCAUAUUUGUUAUGAUAUCUGGAGCGGCAAAUCCAGAACCUGCUGGUCAAGCAAGAUAAAUUCCAAAAAUUGUUUUGAAUAAAAUAUAAUUUAUUUUUUUUUUUUUUUUUUUUCUUUUAUUGAUUUUAGGGACUUUUGUCCUACAAGGAUAUGCCAGUCCCAUUAUAACUUUUACAAAAU